AUGUCAGGUAACUCUUCGCUCUCCGCUUGCUCCCACAUCAACCUGGUGGCGGUAAACACAACCCUGGCCUACCUCUUCUUCAUGAUGUCCCCCGUGGCCUUGCUUCUCAACGUGACUGCAGCCUGGGUCUCGCUGGAGCUCCAGAGCAGCUCUGCGUUUAUCGUGUACUUCAAAAACCUGAUCGCUGCCGACUUGCUGGUCACCCUGACUGCCACUCUCAUGGCGGCUAACUUGCUCCCCGAUGCCUCGCUGUACGUCCGCAUGUUCGCCUGCCGUUACUCUGACGUCGUGCUAUACAGCAGUCUGUACACGAGCAUCUGUUUGAUGGGAAUGAUAAGCCUGGAUCGCUUCUUUAAAAUCGUCCGACCGCGUGGGACGGCCUUCGGUCAGAGCGUGCUCUUCAGUACGGUAUCCUCUACCUUUAUCUGGGUCACCAUUUUCUUCGGCACCGGUCUCCCGACGAUGAUUCUGACCGACCGGCAUCCCACAGACCACACCGAGGACUUGUGCAUGAGCAUGAAAGGCCCAGCCGGCCAGUUCCUGCAUAAGACGGUGGUGAGCAUGAUGGAGUCGGUUUUUUGGCUGGUCACCACCCUGAUCGUGUUCUGCUACAUCUGCAUCACCCUGAAAGUCCUGCAGUCCUUCAGGAAGUCCGGCAGCAGCAACACACAGGGGAAGAAGAGGACCACGCUGCGGGUGUUUCUCAUCCUCACCGUGUAUUUCGUGUGUUUUAUGCCGCUGCACUUGACGCGUGUUCCGUACAUUCUUGACAACAUCACGCACGAUGACUGUGUUCAUGUCUUGCUCAAUGUCUUGCACAGGUCAGCGCUGUGGAUCUCCAUCACCAACGUCUGCCUUGACCCUCUGCUCUACGUCUUCUUGUGCAGGGAGUUCAGAGAAAAACUGGUGGAGAAAAUCCAUCGAAUCUGUUUUUGCUUCCUUGGAAAUGAAAGCGAUUGA